AUGUGUGCCCUUCAGUGCAAUCUCCAAGCACCACAAUGCCAUCACUGCAAGAGACGUGGUGAAGAAUGCAGUUUCCAAAUAAAAAACAGCGACGAUGGGGCAAUCAAUAAAGCAGAUAUGCAAGAUCUUGAAGACACCCAAGGUUAUCACGACGGAGACAACGGGUUACGGAGUGUCUCUUCUCCAAUCUCGCGCAACCAGCCCGAACCCCUAAGAUUAUCACCAACUCGAUGGCCAACCCUAGAUAUUGAACAGUCACGAUUAAGAUGGCAUUACAACACAUUUGCAGCCAACUCUCUUGCGCUUCUACAAGAAGAUCCGCGCCGUGUCAAACUGAUCUGGAAAGGUGAGGUAUCCCAAAAAGCUGAAUAUGAUCCCUGGCUCAAUCACGCUGCCAUGGCCAUUUCGGCCCUACACAUCUGCCAUCUAGAGCCUCCCGAUGCCAAAAAUUAUUAUACUGCUGCUUAUAAGAACUAUCGUAACGCGGUGGUCGCUUUUCCCAAGGCAGUGAAAGGAAUGGAUCCGCAAAACAGCGUCGCAAUUUUAUCCUUCUCAUUGCUGAUCCUGAUGUUUCAGCUGGGUAUUUCGUGUGUGCCUGGUGCAGGGCCGAUGUCCGAUGCCUAUCCAGCGGUGGACGCAUACAAUGCUAUUUCCGCAUUACGAGGAACCUGGUCGUUGAUUGAUCAGCUCGGCCCUCAUCUUGCAAAGAGCAAUUUGAGCCCUCUAUUCGUACAUCGCAGACACCUUCGCUUCGAGGUCUUGGACGAAAGCCACGAAAAGAUGAUAGAAUUUCUCACACACCUAAAUGAUACCGUUGAGUACGGACAACCGAAUACUCAAAGUCGCAGCGAAAGCGAUCACCAAACUUGUGCCCAGGCGAUCACCGUACUCCGUUUUUGGUUCAGUGUUAUGGCCGCCAAAUUACCGACUACAUGGCUGUUGAUAAUAUGGUGGCCCGCAGGGGUCUCUCCCGAGUUUUUGUUACUGUUGAAAAAUAAGGAUCCGAUGGCGCUGAUUAUCUUUUGUCAUUGGUGUGCUGGAAUACACCGUAUACCUGCGAAAUGGUACUUGGAAGGAUGGGCGAAACGCAUGUUGAGGGCGAUGAUAGUCUUGUUGGGUCCGGAAUGGACUUUUGCGCUCCGGUGGCCUAUUGAUGAGGUUUUUCAGGACGAAGACGAGGGAAUCUGA